GAGACUUUAAGAAGCAGCAGCUCUGCUUCUGUUCACAUUUCAAUUGAUUUGAUGACUUUAACUGCAGCUGAUCAGCUGGAAAACACAUUUGGUUCCAGUCAACAUGUUUCUUCUUCUGACUGUUUUCUUCCUCCCAGCUGUUUUGGUUCAUUGUGCCGGUGACAAAGCUGAUCUCUUCAUCACUGCACCGAGGAGUCUGGAAGCAGUGAAAGGAUCCUGUUUGAUUAUCCCCUGUAGAUUCACACCUGCCCCAAGGAAAGAGAGACAGUUUGACAACAGAAGAAAAAUAUUUGCAGUGUGGAUUAAAGAUGAUGCACCUUUUCAGAAUCAUCCAGAACGAAUAGUUUUUAACAGCAGUGAUUCAGUUAACUACCGUUAUAUCAGCAUCAUUGGAGACCUGAGAGAAAGAGACUGUACCACCAAGUUUGAGAGAUUCAAACUUGAAAAAACCACAAAGUUCUUCUUUAGAAUUGAGAAUGAAUCAUUCAAGGCAACAGCUGCUUUAGACCCCGUUGAAAUUAAACUGACAGGUUCUCCUCCGAGGCCCAGAUUAGAAGUCUCAGCUGAUCUGAAGGACCUGAAGGAGAAGAAGUCUGUCACUGUAACCUGCUCAGCUCUCACUCCCUGUUCACACUCCCCUCCUCAACUCACCUGGAGCCUCCAACAAGACGCUCACAGCCAAACUGAGGAAAACACAGAUGGAACCUUCAGCACUCAGAUCCAGAAGACCCUCACUCUGUCAGACACACAUGAUGGAUUCAGCCUCAGCUGCUCUGCUGUGUAUCCUGUUGCUGGAGGAGAACCUGUGAAAACACCUGAGACAGAGUUAACUCUCAGGGUUUCAUAUGCUCCUAAAGACACCACAGUCUCCAUCAGUCCAUCAGGGAGCUGGGUGACCCUGACCUGCUCCAGCAGAGCCAAACCUGCCGUCAGCAGCUUCACCUGGUUCAAGAACAGCGACCAUGGACCCAUCAAAGUGUCUGAAGGAGACUUUUACACCUUCAAUGUGGCCGACACAACAGAUCCAGCAAGUUUUCACUGUGUGGCUGAAAAAGGUCUCGGUAAUCAGACGUCAUCGAGAAUUCCUGUGAACAAAGCAGGACAACGUGAAUCUUUGAUGAUUGCCGUUUCAGUGAGCAUCAGCUUUGUGUUCAUCUUCCUGCUUUUCUCUGUCUGGUGGUUUAAGAAGCGUCGGCGCCCACAACAGACUCAGACUCAAGCAGCAGAGCAGUUUUCCAGCCACAUGGCGGCAGAUGAACCAGAGAAGGACGUCAGCGGCGACGAGGGCCUUCAAUACGAGCACGUCAGCUUCUCAAAGCGCAGAGAUGGAGCUUUGACCGUGUCAGUGCAGGACAGCAGACAGCAGGAGGAGACCGUGUACGCACAGGUCAAAGUUCACGGGCAAGAAAGUCAGUCAAGUCAAGUUGCUAACGGCCCCGAGGAUCUGUACGCUAAAGUCAAGAGAAACUAGGUGUUUCUUCACCCUCCACACCCUGCAGAUUAAAUCAUGACAGGAGAACUUCUCACCACAUGAGGCUGAGAGCAGGAGUCUGUUUACUGUAUAAAGACAGAAGCAACGGUCACAAAAUACAGAAGUAUUUUUUGAACACAUUUCAUUUGAAGUUUCUUCGAUUUUGUCCUUUUUUCACUCACCUCAUCAGCAGGAUCCAGGUCUGACCACCAAACAGGAAGAAGGAGGUCCUCCAUCCUUUUAUGGGGAGUUGAGUGGAGCGUCCCAAGUGUGGCAAACAUUAGUGGAGCAAUGCUGGUAAAAAGUAUUUAUUUUUAACAUAUUUAAAAAUAAAACAGUCAGCUCUUAUGAAAAUUUAUAUUAUUUUCAAAUGACAGUAAAUUCAACAAAAUCGUUGUAAAUAUUUCAGCCUCAUUUAAGUCUCAUAAGUAUAAAGCGUCAUGACAAUUUACUAUUUGUAUGCAAUUAUGGUGAAAAUGUCAGUUUUUUUCUGACUAAAAGUGAACUAUAUGUGCCCAUUGAGCAUUUAUUUAUGAAAACUUGCUGGAAACAUUAACA